AUGACUAUUACUACUACAUCUUCAACAUACCCUGCGGUACAGCCAUCAAAUGGCAAGGUCAACGAGAGCGGUAAACCGGGGGAAUACAUUACACCCAACUUGACGGCUGCGCUCCGAAAAGCCGAGAAUGACUUUCGGUCUGAUGUUGUAACCGUGCCUACAGAGGAGAUGAUGCAGGCCAUCAUGAAUGCUACAUUUGGCGAUGACAUCUAUGAUGUAGAUGUCGGGGAACCGUCUGUUGUUGCCCUGGAGCAAAGACUUGUUGAGCUGACCGGGAUGGAAGCUGGCCUAUGGGUCAUGUCUGGCACCAUGGGGAAUCAGAUAUGCCUGCGUACACAUUUGACGCAGCCUCCUCACACAGUCCUGCUGGAUCACAGAGCACACAUAUAUCGUGCAGAAUCUGGAGCUUUGCCUGCAUUAUCUCAGGCCUCAAUUACGCCUGUGCACCCUGCAAACGGUGUUCAUCUGACUCUGGAAGAUGUCAAGGAGAAUAUGACUCCUGACGGAAAUUGGCAUUAUCCACCAACCCGUGUGGUUGCUCUUGAAAACACGCUGAGCGGCUCUAUUCUUCCUCUAAAAGAUGCUAAGGAGAUAUCUGAUUUCGUUCGCGGCUACCCUGUGCCGAAAGGCCUAAAGCCCAUCGCAAUGCAUUGCGAUGCAGCAAGGCUGUUUGACGGAGUUGCAGGAGAAGGAGUAGACUUGAAGGAAUACUGUGCCUGCUUUGACUCAAUCAGUGUGUGCCUUGCAAAGGGGCUAGGUGCUCCAAUGGGCAGUAUAAUAUUAGGAACACGACCCUUUAUUGAACGAGCUAAAUAUUUCAAGAAAAUGUUCGGGGGAGGCACAAGACAGGUAAUUAAUACUCUUGUCAAACCCCAGAAGCCCGGUAUGAUGGCGGCUGGUGCUCUCGCAGCUCUGAACAAUUCAAUACCUCAGCUUCCUCGUGUUCACGCCCUUACCAAAACAGCUGCCACACAACUGGAGGCCACAGCUGGUAUACCGGAUGCUGCGCUUGUUAAAUACUGCAAAGAUGCAGGUAUUGUUGUAUUCCCUGGGGGAAGACUUGUAUUUCACUACCAGACCUCACAGGACGCAGCAAAUAGGCUAGUGAAAGCGCUUACCAUGUUGAUGCAGGAUACGAAAGCUGGAAAAUUGGUUGAAGAUAGCAUCAAAAAAGUUGAAUGUUCAUAA